AAAUCCACUCCCCUUUCCAAAGCUGGCCGAGCCCAAGCAGCGCUAAUUCUUUGCCGGCGAGACUUUUUACACAAACUUCGCUGGUUGUGCUGCUUCGCUAUGGCCGCCGUAAAAGCUCUGAAUCCAAAAGCGGAGGUGGCCAGAGCCCAGGCUGCCCUUGCUGUAAAUAUCAGCGCCGCUCGGGGGCUUCAAGAUGUUUUGAGGAGUAACCUGGGACCGAAGGGGACCAUGAAAAUGCUGGUGUCUGGUGCAGGUGACAUAAAGCUGACCAAAGAUGGCAACGUCUUGUUACACGAGAUGCAAAUUCAGCACCCGACAGCUUCACUGAUUGCAAAGGUUGCCACAGCGCAAGAUGACAUCACAGGAGAUGGAACCACCUCCAACGUCCUCAUCAUCGGUGAACUGCUGAAGCAGGCCGACCUCUAUGUGUCAGAGGGGCUUCAUCCAAGAAUCAUUGCUGAGGGCUUCGAAGCAGCAAAAGAAAAAGCCUUGGCUGUUCUGGAAGAAGUGAAAGUGACUCGGGAAAUGGACAGGGAGACACUCAUCAAUGUUGCACGCACCUCCCUCAGGACUAAGGUCCACGCAGAGCUUGCAGACCUACUUACUGAGGCUGUAGUAGAUGCUGUUCUCGCCAUCGCUAAACCCAAUGAACCCAUUGACCUGUUCAUGGUGGAGAUCAUGGAGAUGAAGCACAAGACUGAUUGCGACACACAACUGAUCAGAGGUUUGGUGUUGGACCAUGGUGCCCGACACCCAGACAUGAAGAAGAGAGUGGAGGAUGCUUAUGUUCUGACAUGUAACGUGUCCCUGGAGUAUGAAAAGACCGAGGUCAAUUCUGGUUUUUUCUACAAAAGCGCAGAGGAGAGGGAGAAACUUGUGGCUGCUGAAAGGAAGUUCAUUGAGGAUCGUGUGCAAAAGAUCGUCGCUCUGAAAAAGAAAGUCUGUCCCGAUGAUGAAAAGGGUUUCGUUGUCAUCAACCAGAAGGGCAUUGACCCAUUCUCCCUGGAUGCCCUCGCUAAGGAAGGCAUUGUUGCCCUGCGCAGAGCAAAGAGGAGGAACAUGGAGAGGCUCACACUCGCUUGUGGUGGCAUUGCCAUGAAUUCAGUGGAUGACCUCACACCUGAGUGCCUGGGCCAUGCUGGGCUGGUUUAUGAACACACACUUGGAGAGGAGAAGUACACAUUCAUUGAGAAAUGUGGGAACCCUCGCUCAGUUACCCUGCUGGUGAAGGGCCCCAACAAACACACCCUCACACAGAUCAAAGAUGCUGUGAGGGAUGGUCUGCGGGCUGUCAAGAAUGCCAUUGAAGAUGGCAGCGUUGUGUCUGGCGCGGGCGCAUUUGAGGUUGCUGUCGCAGACGCUUUGGUAAAACACAAGCCCAAUGUGAAAGGCAGAGCCCAGCUGGGAGUCCAGGCAUUUGCAGAUGCUCUUCUGGUCAUCCCAAAGGUUUUGGCCCAAAACUCUGGCUAUGACCCACAGGAGACUCUGCUGAAGCUUCAGACAGAGUACAAAGAGUCUGGUCUGCUUGUUGGAGUCGACCUCAGCACAGGGGAGCCGAUGGUGGCAGGGGAAGCAGGUGUAUGGGAUAAUUACAGUGUCAAGAAACAGCUUCUCCAUUCAUGCACGGUGAUUGCCAGCAACAUCUUGUUAGUGGAUGAGAUCAUGCGAGCUGGAAUGUCUUCUCUGAAAGGUUAAAGGUCAUUGAAGAAGAUCAAGCUGUUGUCGUACUCACAGGGAUAGUUGUUUACCUGCCGGUUCAGCCAACAUGUUCCUGCUCUUCGCACUCAAAGUACCCCAGUCGAUGGACGGGCUGUAGACCCGCAGCAUCCAUCCCAACAUCUGUCAGAUAUUGUUCAGCUAUUCAUGCCUUUUUUUCAUGGAUUUGUCAAUGCCUCCCUCUGACAUGAUUGGUUUAUUUAUGAGAUUUUGUUAAAAGCACUGACCUCUGCCACAGUUUUGUUUCUACCCAUUAAAGGUUUUUCUCAACUCCCACAAUA